AUGUCGCCAGCUAGCAGCAACCCCGACGCGACCGCGACUUCCGCGAACGAGCUUGUUAACCUCAGCGCUAUUCUCGAGUUCCGCGUCAAGAACGCUUGGCGAGUCAACAACCAGGGCAAGCACGAGGAGGCGGAGGAAUUGGCCGCCAAACUUCUGAUGGAGCCCGUGUUGAGCUCAGUCCACCAAGGCUGGAUGCAUCUGCUGCUGGCGGGAUCACCCCACGACUACGUCCACCAUGCCAAUGAGGCGGUCCGUCUGUUCACCGAAGUCCUCGACGAGAACAAGCCCACGGCGACACCUCAUGAGCUGGACUGCAUGACCAAAACGCUCGAUAAAGCGAAGGAUGCCCAGAGACAGGCUCUCAGCGACAAAAGCGCUGCUGACCGAAAGGUUGCUAAGGCACUGUGA